UCAUCAUCUUUUUCCCCUAUUCCAGAAAAACAAAAACCUUAUGGGUUGCAGUGAUAAAAAUCAAAUCUUAACAAAAUCAACUCAAGUUGAACCAAAAAAAAAAAAAAAAUCUUAAGUAAAGAAUUAAUUUAAUAGUUUUUAAAAUGAUAAAAAAAAUUUAAGCCCAUAUUUUCUUCUCAAACGCAUGUCGUCAUGACUAUUUCUUGACCCAAGUUCCAUUUAGCUUAAAACCUCUUCCAUUCCACAACAUCAACAACACUUCUGCUUAAUUUCGAUCUUUGUUUUUCCAAGUUUUUACCAGCUACUCUUCAUCUCAGUUUUGCAGCUCCAUCUCCAGGAAUCCAACGCCCCCACUUUAUACGCCUCAAUUACUGUACUGUGUGCGUGAGCUCGCGAAUACAGUUUCCAUGGCGGAGCAUGUUAAACAUGUUCUUGGUGAUCAAACAAUUCAUGGUUGCUUCCCAAAGGUUGGUGUUGGACGCCUCAAGGGAUUCGUCUCUACAACUACUAUCUUCAUAUUCUUCUUCUUCCUCCUUGCUAUUGCAGCUCUGCUUAAUUGGAUGGAUAUUCCUAUCAUACAGGGUAUUCCACUUGGGCAGGCACGAAGUUCUGAAAUUCAUCAUGAGAGCGUUGAAUUUCCUUUCAACUGCUCUAAUUUAGUUAAUUAUCCGUCGGUGUUUGAGCCCAAAGAAUCAUCGACUAAUGGAACUUGCCCAGACUACUUCCGGUGGAUCCACCAAGAUUUAAAGCAAUGGGAGAGUACGGGGAUUACAGAAGACAUGAUUGAAAGGGGAAAACCCAGUGCGGAUUUCAGGCUCGUCAUUGUCAACGGAACGGCUUAUGUGGAGAGGUACAGAAUGUCAUAUCAAACCAGAGAUGUAUUUACAAUAUGGGGCAUUUUGCAGCUUCUAAGGUUGUACCCUGGAAAAGUACCCGACUUGGACCUUUUGUUCUUUUGUGGAGACGAUACUGUGAUCAAGAAAAGAAACUACAAAGGACGCUAUGCUGCAUUAGCACCGCCGGUGUUUCAUUACUGUGGAGAGAAGGCAGCACUGGACAUUGUGUUCCCUGACUGGACCUUCUGGGGAUGGGGAGAGGUUAAUAUAAAGCCAUGGGAGGAGACGUUGAGAGCAAUAAAGAAAGGGAAUGAGAGGAUCAAGUGGGAAAAGAGGGAGCCUUAUGCCUACUGGAAGGGUAAUCCACUAGUUUCUAGAGAUAGGAGGCUAAGUUUUAUGAAAUGCAACCUUUCAGCUAAACACGACUGGAAUGUUCGGCUUUAUAAGCAGGAUUGGGGUCAAGAAAUCCAAGGAGGUUUCAAGCAUUCUAAAUUGGAAGAUCAAUGCACCCAUAGAUAUAAAAUUUAUAUAGAAGGAGUGACAUGGUCUGUAAGUGAGAAGUACAUACUGGCAUGCGACAGCAUGACCUUGAUGAUACAGCCUAAAUACUAUGAUUUCUUCUCGAGAAGCAUGGUGCCAAUGCAGCAUUUCUGGCCUAUUCGUCGCAAAAACAGAUGCAAACAUCUUAAGUUUGCAGUUGAAUGGGGCAAUAAUCACCCUCACAUGGCAGAGGCCAUAGGGAAAGCAGGAAGCAAAUUUAUCGAAGAGGCUUUGACAAUGCGAAACGUGUAUGAUUACAUGUUCCAUUUGUUGAACGAAUACGCUAAACUCUUGAAGUUUAAACCAACAAUACCUCCAAAUGCCCAAAAGCUCUGCUCCGAAACCACGGAGCAAGGUUUAUGGAAGGAAUUCAUGGUGCAGUCAAUGGUGAAGUCUCCUAGUGAUAAACCUCCAUGUGCAUUGCCUCCCCCAUUUGAACCUCAAGCCAUUCAAGCUUCUCUGGACGCAAAAGAGAAUAAAACUAUCCUCAAGCCAUUCAAGCUUCUCUGGACGCAAAAGAGAAUAAAACUAGGCAAAUGAAGACGUGGGAAACCGAGUAUUGGAAAAAAACUAAAACAUAAGAAGCAUUAGAUGGUUAGAAACCAAACCUCUUUAAUUAGUUUAGCCAAUUAAGAAAAUAUCAGUAUAUUCUAGGCUACAGCAGCUAAAGCUUGGUGUUUAUAUGUUACACAUAACUGUCUCAAAGUUCGAAGAGCUAUGGGAUCAUAUUAGCGAGUUGAAAUCUAGUAGCGAGAGGAGAGGACGGGCAGUUCAUAGUUUAAUUCUGGAACCUCUGAUUUUAAUGAUUUUAUUGAUCACUGUGAACUGUUGAAUUGGGCAAAAGAUUCUCCUGGUUUGGUGGAUGGCGUCAACUAUUUGGAGUGUAUGAUUAACGAGAAAUAUAGCUUUGGAAGGUAGAAGAAAUUAUUCAUUUGGCAAUACGUGGAGCUUUCCACUGGAUGGGGUGAUCUUAGCUGAAACUUGGUGGUGGCAGAGUGUGUAAGGGUUAACUCGAUGGGGAGGAGCUCCUCAGUUGGGCUGCUAGAAAUUUAAGGUGGAUGCGUCGGAGUCAUGGAACUAGGUUGUGCAAGGGUAAAAGGUGUACUCCGUCCGUGAUCAUGUUGUGUGGUUGGCACACUAGAAUUUUUUGGUGAUUAGCUCCUUGUUUAUGGUAUUUUUCACUGUUUCUUAUCUCUUGUUCAGUUUUCAUUUUGCUUGUAUAGCUAAUAGGUAUUCUUUUCGAAGGUUAAAAUAUAAAAUUUUAUUGUUUAGUUUACAGAAUGUAAAAGGAGUGAAAAAAAGUUGUUAAA